AUGUCAGCGGAACAGGAGAAGGAUCCCAUUUCGCUGAAGAGAGUUCGAGGUGGUGAUAGUGGACUGGAUGGGUUAGGAGGACCAGGUGUACAACUUGGAAGCCCAGAUAAGAAAAAAAGGAAGACAAAUACACAGGGGCCUUCUUUUCCUCCAUUGUCUGAGUAUGCUCCACCACCGAAUCCAAACUCUGACCAUCUAGUGGCUGCUAAUCCAUUUGAUGACAACUAUAAUACUAUUUCCUAUAAACCACUACCUUCCUCAAAUCCGUAUCUUGGCCCUGGUUAUCCUGGUUUUGGAGGCUAUAGCACAUUCAGAAUGCCACCUCACGUUCCUCCAAGAAUGUCUUCCCCAUACUGUGCUCCUUACUCACUCAGGAAUCAACCACACCCAUUUCCACAGAAUCCUCUGGGCAUGGGUUUUAAUCGACCUCAUGCUUUUAACUUUGGGCCACAUGAUAAUUCAAGUUUUGGAAAUCCAUCUUAUAAUAAUGCACUAAGUCAGAAUGUUAAUAUGUCUAAUCAACAUUUUAGACAAAAUCCUGCUGAAAACUUCAGUCAGAUUCCUCCACAGAAUGCUGGCCAGGUAUCUAAUCCUGACUUGGCAUCUAACUUUGUCCCUGGAAAUAAUUCAAAUUUUACUUCUCCGUUAGAAUCUAAUCAUUCUUUUGUUCCUCCCCCAAACACUUUUGGUCAAGCAAAAGCACCACCCCCAAAACAAGACUUUAAUCAAGGAGCAACCAAAAACACUAAUCAAAAUUCCUCUGCUCAUCCACCUCACUUAAAUAUGGAUGACACAGUGAAUCAGAGUAAUAUUGAAUUAAAAAAUGUUAAUCGAAACAAUGCAGUAAAUCAAGAGAAUAGCCGUUCGAGUAGCACUGAAGCUACAAACAACAGUCAUGCUAAUGGGACACAGAAUAAGCCACGACAACCUAGAGGUGCAGCAGACACAUGCACCACUGAAAAAAGCAAUAAAUCUUCUCUCCACCCAAGCCGUCAUGGCCAUUCUUCUUCCGACCCAGUGUAUCCUUGUGGAAUUUGUACAAAUGAAGUGAAUGAUGAUCAGGAUGCCAUCUUAUGUGAAGCUUCUUGUCAGAAAUGGUUUCAUCGGAUCUGCACUGGAAUGACUGAAACAGCUUAUGGCCUGCUAACUGCAGAAGCAUCAGCAGUAUGGGGCUGUGAUACCUGUAUGGCUGACAAAGAUGUCCAGUUAAUGCGCACUAGAGAAACUUUUGGUCCACCUGCAGUGGGCAGUGAUGCUUAAUCACAGGCAUUAACUAAAGUGUUUUUGUUUUUUUUCCUGUGUAUUACAGAGGUUCAGUGACACAGGAUUUUAAUGUUUUACAAUAUUUUUAUUA